UGUAAGAAUAGACAGCCACAAGAUUUGACACUCUGGGAAUGGGAUCACUAAUAAGAACCAAGAAAAACUUUCGAUUCUUUCGAGUUUUCCCACUCCAAAGACUUCUCUUCAUUCAAAGGGAAUAACUCUACAUGCAGCUAAAUGGAAGAGGGAUAAUACCUGACUUAAAGAAAAUCACAAAUGGGAUAAAAGUAGGAAGAAAUCUUCCAAUAUAGGCUACAGCAGGUUUUUAUUUUGUUAUAAGCUAUCACAUGUAGGCUAUUUGUUAUUUAUUUCAUGUUGGUUUUAUCUUGUGGCCUUUAUUAGAAAACGAAAUUUAACAUGCCUAUUAAGUUAGCCUAAUCAAUGUUUCAUCGGAUUAUCAAAUGAAAAAAAUCAUAUUCUAUUUAAUUUGGAAUUUCUUAUAGCCUAUAAUUAGACAAUUUGACUAUGAUAACAAUAUCCGCUUUUUUUCAAAGUAAAAGAUAAGCCAGUGAAGGCUUUAGACUACAUGCAGAACAUCUCAAAAAACAGCCUUGUGUUGAAGCAACGGAAGUCUUUUGUGUCAGAAAGCCUACUCUGAUUUCUAAAUGUGCGUCUUUGGGGCUGGCACAGUGCAUGGCGCAUAAAGGUGUUGGACCAAAGAGAGUAUUAGCUUUAUACAGAAACCAUGGCAAAGUGGUUCAAAGAAUUCCCCAUCAAUUUGAAGAACGGUACUGAUAGGAUCCGCUCAGCUUCAGAAUCAGGUUCCCAAUCCAGGGGUAAACUUGGACUGGUAGCUGGCAUUGGCACCAAAGUAACCAGCUCCAAAGUGAGUUCGAGCAAAAACUCGGGAAUGGAUAGUAGUGGCGGUGGUGGAGGCGUUGGUGCUCUACUGUCUGGAAGAAAUAGAAAAAAUUCUGCCAUCGAACUGGGAAGGAAUGGCACACGUUCGAUAAAGGAUGGAAACGUUUGGGAUAGCCUUAUAGGUAAAAGUCGCAAAAAUUCCAAAGCAGAAACGCCAGUGUUUGAUGAGCACCAGCCACUGAAAAGUUCCAGUUCUGCGAAUGCCUACAUCAGUCGUCUGAUUAAAGUCGAUAAGAAGGACAAGAGCCCAAACUUCAACAGCAGCCCAGUGGUACUCGAUACAGAGAAAUCACAGCCACUGUGCAAAACAGAGACGGUCAUCAUUCUUGAGGACUAUGCAGAUCCCUUUGACGCCCACAAGACUCGGGAGCAGAGGGAUGCGGAGAGAGAGGGGGAAAAUGAUGGAUACAUGGAGCCUUACGAUGCACAGCAGAUGAUCACAGAGAUCAGACGGAGGGGUUCCAAGGACAUGCUGAAGAUGUGUGUCCUGCUGGAGGGGGUUGAGGGGGAGGUGGAGGAGGGGCGACCCGUGCCCCCCCAGAUCUACGACAUGACCUAUGAGGGUGGUGUGGAGGGUGACGGAGGGAGCGCGAAGACCCCGGUCACCAGGCCAGAGUUAGAUCCCCGGCUCCCUGCUGAGAACCAGCUGCCCUGGGAGUGGAAGAAGGAACAGACUGUCAAGGCUCUGCCUGCCCAGUUUGACAGCCCUGAGCACCCCACCCCAACCAAAGAGGACCCCCCCGCCCUCACCCUCACACGGCAGCCCCAACAGCAGCCCCAACAGCAGCAGCAGCAGCAUCUGCGACAAAAGAGCUGGAGCCAGAAGAUCCUGAAGUCCUCUCCUACUUUCUUGCCCUCCCUCUCCUCCCCGCCCAGCAUCAGCCCUGAGGCAGAGGUGUGCCGGGUGGACCCCACCCUGCCCCUGGAGAAACAGAGCUGGUACCAUGGCUGUGUAACACGCCAGGAGGCAGAGUCUCAGCUCCAGUCCUGCAAAGAGGCCAGUUUCCUGGUGAGGAACAGUGAAUCAGGAACCAGCAAAUACUCCAUUGCGUUAAAGACAAGCCAGGGCUGUGUUCACAUCAUUGUUGCCCAGACAAAGGAGAAUGGCUACACGCUGGACCAGAGUAGCUGUGUGUUUCCCAGCAUUCCAGAGGUGGUGCACCAAUACGGCACUCAGCGGCUGCCUUUCAAUGGGGCCGAGCACAUGGCCCUGCUGUACCCCGUGCCACGCCUUUACUGACUCCACCCCCACCACACUCAGGUGUACCUCAACAACCCCAUGCCUCUGCAUGAAAUCAUCCUCAACGAACUCCAAUCUAAUGCUGGCCCCCAACAGCCUCAAUACAUAUAUCUCUUUAUCUAUUAUCAUUCACUCUUCAGUCCCUCUCUCUUUAAUGUUAUUUAAUCCAUAUCAAAACUAUUUUUUUCAGUCUUAUUUUCUCCUGGAUCAACAGAAGACAGCAAGCUCAGAGACCUGGGUAUUGCUCUUGCUGUACAAUCAUUCCCUCACCUUUCAUAUGCAGCUAAUGCAAAACACCCAGGCUUCUGUUUUGCAUGUGAAACUUGGGAGAAACUCAACCCAUGCCUUGAUUGUACAAACGGGGCAGAAAUGAAUGAUCAAAUGAGUCAGAGCCCUGCCAGUUAGAAAUUCUGACUAAAUUCUACUCUCAAUUCAAAGAUGUGUAGAGAAUACAGUAUCAUUAAUCAUAGUUUUGGUUUAAGCUGCAAAGGGAUAAAGCUAGUGCUUUGUUCGAACGAAAAACAGUAAAGUGACUCUCUCACCCUCUGGUGGAUGUGCUGGCUCACUGCACCAACUGUACACAACCCUGUGGAGAACAACAACUACUGUACCUGACAAAGACUACUAUAGGGAAAGGGUAAUACCUAGUCAGUUGUACAACUGAAUGCAUUCAACUGAAAUGUGUCUUCUGUAUUUAACCCAACCCCUCUGAAUC